AAAAACAGCAUCGCGCCCGUUUUACGUCAUCAACAGGCGACUCAAAACCGCACCAGCGGGAAUUUGACAGUUUAGAAACGGCAGAGGAGUUUGUAUUAAAGCAAAGCAGCGUGUCGCCAUGACGCAGAGAAAGAGGCUGUCCAACACACAGAGCUCCUCUCAGAGUAAGAGGCAUUCGGGCCCCGUAGUGUCUCUGGAUGAUGAUGAUGACACAACCUUCACUCAGCCGAGUACGACACAGGUCCAGAGAGGGCUGGAGAAGCUCACACCUGCACAGGUGGACCAGAAGACAGCUGAGGUGGUGCAGUACUUCUUGGUGAGGGACCAAAAGAAGAUUCCUGUGCGCAGAGCAGACCUCGUGAAACACGUGGUGAAAGAGUACAGAAACAUCUACCCUGAGAUCAUGAAGAGAGCGUCACGUACUUUUGACCAGGUUUUUGGCCUUAAAAUGGUUGAAAUUGACGCCAAAAAUCACAUGUACAUACUCAUCAAUAAGCUGGAGACGGUCGAGGGGGCCUCACCGAUCAAUAGCCCCACCAAUCCAAAGAUGGGUCUGCUGUUUGUGAUCCUGAGUGUUAUUUUCAUGAAAGGAGGCGUUGUCAGAGAAAACCUCAUCUGGAACACUCUUAAGAAACUCCGUGUUGACCCCGGAGAGAAACACGAAGACUUUGGUGAUGUAAAGAAGGUGGUCACAGACGAGUUUGUGCGCCAAAGGUACCUGGAGUAUGGGCGAAUCCCUCACACAGAGCCGGUGGAGCAUGAAUUCCGAUGGGGUCAACGUGCUGAAGUUGAAGUGUCGAAAGCCAAAAUCCUGGAGUUCAUGGGUGAACUUCAUGAACAGGACCCUCAGAGCUGGAGCCAGCAGUACAGAGAGGCCCACUCCGUCUCCAGCUCCACACAGCCCAGCACCAGCAGCCAAAGAUAACUCUGCUACUGAGAAUACUUUUUUUUUUUUAAAUUAUUUUGGUUGUUGAUGCUGGAGGAGAGAAGCUGCAUUUUUUUUUUUUUUUUAAUUUGUGUACAGUGAAGAUGAAUCUACUGUUACAAAGCCAAGGAGUAUGAACUAUCAAUUCAUAUCUUCAUACUUUAGCUUUUAGUCUAAUGACAUUUAAUAUGACACACAGUUAGUCAGGUAUUCAUUUUUUAUUUUAUUGCCUGGACUUUAAAGAUAACAGUUCUUUGUUCAAGUUCAGAAAAUAAAAUCUUUUUUACAUUAGAUUCUA